GGAGCGUGAGCGCGCAGAGUUAUCUAUCACUGCCUUCCGGACAGUCCUGAGGAUCUUCACGAGCUGCUCCUCAUAAUAAACCUUACAAAGACGCACCUUUCUGUUUAUUGGAGGUAUUUUAAGGAGCAAACGACAUUUUUUUUUUUUUUUUUGCUUUCGUUUUUAAAUGAAACGAACACGAAUCUGGACUUCCAUCUGCGUUCUUUUAUGGGAAGUAAUCAUUUGACAGGAAAAAAUCGGAUUAACUGGAAAACUUCCGCUGGAUUUCUGUGUAUGGCAUCUUGACAUCAUGGGACAAAAAAUAUUAUAAGUGCAUCACAGAAGAUGAGGAACUAAUUAAGACUCAGUUUUAUAGGCUACAAUUUGAUGUAUCCUAUAAACUGAAGAACUUCGUGUGGGAUGCACUUCCACCUGUUUUGAGGCGGUUAAACCAUAGACAGUGGAACGCAUGAUUUUAACAUGAAGCUUCUGAUGUAAAGAGCAGAUGACGAGUAAGGAAGCCGAACAAGAAAUCUGCAGUCUUCUGUUCUGUCAACUAACUGCAAAAACUACCAACAGCAUCUUUGCAAGCUGAAUUAUCGUUUUCAUUCAGCUGACUAAAUGUGAUCUAACCUGCUCUCAAAGAAAGCUUGAUUUCACAGUGGAAGCGGGUUGUUUCUGACAUAAAGAGAUGAAACGAGAACGUUUUAAGCCCCCGGAACCAGAUGACCCUCUGUGCUGCUGUGGAGACAUCGACCAGCAAAGAGAGUACUGCUGCUGUGACUGUGAAGAACUUGAUGAUGCCUGUGAAAGGUUAAUCAGAGGAGAGCAAGACAAGCCAGACAUCUUCUCUCGUUUCGUCUCGUGCAUGGCUGAUCGUUUGGGUUUGCCAUGUUGUGCCAUAGGACCCCUUCGAUUGGAAAUCUCUGUCUUACCUCCCAUGGUAUUAAUUCCUGGCCUGUUGCGAGUAGCAGCAAUUAACUGUAUGUUGGGAGUUGUAGUCCUAACUGUCCUACCAGGACUGGUGCUUUGGUAUUACUAUGUGACUCACAGAAAGAAAAGACGCACAUUAUUUUUCCUUAGCUUGGCACUUUUCUCCCUUGCCUACAUGUACUACAUUUUCCUCACUGAGAUCCUUCCCAGAGGAGAUGUGAGUAAUCUGCAGCUGGUUAUUGUGACGACAGGCAUGAUGUUGACCCUUAUCUCCCUUGUGCGCACUAAACAAGGACCAGGCUUUGUCAAAUCCCAGUCAUUAGCUCUGGGAAAUAACAGUAUCUGUGCAACCAAUCAGAGCACAAAUUUACCUGGAGACUCCGACCCCUGCAAAGGAAUCAGCCAAUCAAAUGGGGAAAAGGAAGGAAAGAAGAAGUUAUGCCCUGUGUGCCGACAGGUGCGCCCACCAAGGGCAGGCCACUGCAGGAUCUGUGGGGCAUGUGUCCUUCGAAUGGAUCACCACUGUGUUUGGAUAAACAGCUGUGUAGGUCAGGCCAAUCACAGGCAGUUCGUUUUGACGCUCUUUCUUUUCCUGGUGACAUCGUUCUAUGGGAUCAGUUUGGUGUUACGGAGUGUAUGUCCACAACAGAGUCUAUUCACUGCCAUGUUAUACUGCCCUGGAGUCUAUAACCAGUACAGCACAGCACUGUGCUUUACGUGUGUGUGGUACAGCUUUAUCAUAACAGGCGGUCUGCUCCACCUGUUCAUCCUUCAGAUCAUCAAUGUCAGUUACAAUGUAACAGAACGCGAAGCUCAGAUUGCUUUGCGCAACAAAACUGGCAGACGGCGCUUCUGUGGCCUGGUUGUGGAGACUGGCAUGUAUUCGCGAGGCUUUCUCCAGAACUGGAUUCAGUUUCUCACAAUGAACACGGAUGAGAACGGUUCCCCUUUCACCUUCACAGUCAUGGUAUGACUCAAGGGACUAUAGACAUGAUCCUGGGUGGAACUUAAACUAUAAUUAUACAAGAUCUUAAACAACUUAGCGUCUGGUUAGGUCUAAAGAGUCGGUUGACACAUUCACCUUGUUUUCAUCUGGUAGAAUGGUUGUUUUGUUAAUUAUGGACAGUAUGGAACUGGCCAGAAGCUAAGCAGGAACUUCAAGGAAGUCGAUUUAAAUUGGUGAGCAAACAUAUUUUUAAUCUUUUUAUUCCAGUGAUCAUCUGUAUGGACCUCUUGAAUUGGGUUCAAUGUAAUAUGUGAACACAACCAUGUUUUCAUGAAAUAUAACAAAACUCUGCAACUUUAAGGUAUAAAUAACCAAUCUGUAUGAAUGAAACAUGCUUACGUGAUCAGACAUAAGUGUGCAACUUUGUAAUCUGAGUUGCAAUCAAGUGUGUUUUUAAUGACAAGUGUGUGAAAUAUUAAGAAAACUUGAUCUGAUGAUAGAACUGAGAACAUAAAUGUGUCACCCUGAAAUAUUUCUGCAUUACUGCAAUUAAGAAAUGUAUUAGUGAUUAUUAGAUACAUUUAGCACUGUACUAAAUAUUUUAAAGGGAUAGUUCACCUGAAUUGUUUUUUUAAACAUGAAACAUGUUGUUUCAAAGGUCUUUUGAUAUUUCAUAACUAUCAUUUAGGACAGGGACGUUGAAAAGGAAGAGACAGUGUACAGUUCUUUUUUUUUCUAGAAUUUUUAGGGUGAACUAUCCCUUUAAAUCUGAAAAGAUUACUUGAGAAGUUUUAUCAGCCUGCCAAAUGCUAAUAAAACAAAAACAAUAUAUACAUAUAAAUUUUUCACCAAAUGUAUAAAUCCUUGUAACUGUAAAUAUGCUGCUACCUUUGUAGUGUACCCUCUCAGGACAAAUGAUGUUGUACACUCUCCUCUAAUUACAGGUGUUCACUGAAGUAUACUUUACAGUUCUGUUCCAAAAAUGUACAUUGCUAUUAAAACCACUGAACUAUAAAAAGCUUAACUUGGUGUCUAUCCAAAGACCUUCAUCAGUUGUUAUAACAGGAAGUAACUUUGGCAAAUAUAUCCACAAAAGUCACAUGAUCAACAGACCUUUAAAGGUCAUUUCAUGACAUAUGAAAUGUGUAACACACACUCCACCCAUUAGAACAAAAACUGGGUGUGAUUUGCACCUUGCAACAUCGGGCAGAGAGUAAAACCACGUUUCUAGAGGCCAGAGAACAAGAGAAUAAUCACAUAAAGCAAGCAUUAAAGAAAUGUGGUUACCCAAACUGGACAUUUAUCAAAACUCAUACAAAACGAAACAUUUCUAAAAAAAAGAAAGAAAGAAAGAAAGAAAGAAAACAUGCUGUUAUCACUUUAAGUAAAAUUGUAUAUUCUGUUAAGUGUAGUGAGGAGCGUGAGGAUUUAUACAUAGAAACAAAACAGCCACUUAAUCGAUGCAUAGUGUAGCUUAUACCGUGCUUAGACCUGCAAUCUUCUGUUUCCUCUUUUUACAACCGAUGAAGGUGUUUGGAUAGACACCGAAAUGUCUUGUUAAAGGGAUUUUUUACCCCAAAAUAAAAAUGUUAUGUUUAUCUGCUUACCCCCA